ACUCGCCAUAUUUCCACCCACACACCCACGCCCCUUUUCUUCCCCCCCAACCCUAAAGGACGAGGGUAUAAGAAGACCUCGUUGAAGGCUUCGGCUGUUGUCGCUGACGAGGGCUGGGGUCCAGGCGGUGCUCACUCGGGGAAUUACUAUCAUCAGUUGUACCAUUCGUGUUUGUGAGUUCAUCGAGCUGCUAAACACCUUAUUUUCGCCCCGUAAGUGAACUACCACCACCACCAACCAUGCCUGGCCACGUCAAGAAGAGCACAGGUCCCGACCCUGAUCCCAGCGAGUACCUGUUCGUCUCCUUGGAGAUGAAACGUCAGGAUCAGACCAAGCCUUACGACGCCAAGAAGGCUUGCUGGGUCCCCCACGAGAAGGAGGGCUUCCUCGAGGGUGAAAUCCAGGGCACGAAGGGCGACCUCAUCAAUGUCCUGGCUGGCGGAGAGACGAAGGCCUACAAGAAGGAACAGGUGGCCCAGGUGAACCCACCCAAGUUCGAGAAGUGCGAGGACAUGUCCAACUUGACCUACCUGAACGAUGCUUCCGUCCUGUACAACUUGAAGUCUCGCUACGUCAACAAGCUCAUCUACACCUACUCCGGCCUCUUCUGUAUCGCCGUCAACCCUUACAAGCGUUACCCCAUCUACACCAACCGCGUCGUCAAGAUCUACCAGGGCAAGAGGCGCAAUGAAGUUCCUCCCCACAUCUUCGCCAUCUCUGACGGCGCCUACAUGGACAUGUUGCAGGGUGGUCAGAACCAGUCCAUGUUGAUUACUGGUGAGUCUGGCGCCGGUAAGACCGAGAACACCAAGAAGGUACUGUCAUACUUCGCCAACGUCGGUGCCAGCAGCAAGGCCAAGGAAGAUACUUCCAAACCGAACUUGGAGGAUCAGAUUAUCCAGACCAACCCUGUCUUGGAGGCCUUCGGUAACGCCAAGACUGUCAGGAAUGACAACUCCUCCCGAUUCGGUAAGUUCAUCCGUAUCCACUUCGCUCCCAACGGCAAGCUGUCUGGAGGUGACAUUGAGGUCUACCUGCUGGAGAAGGCCCGUGUCAUCUCCCAGCAGUCCCUGGAGAGGUCCUACCACAUCUUCUACGAGAUGAUGUCAGGGCAGAUCGCCUCCAUCAAGCCAACGUGCUUCUUGAGCAACGAUAUCUACGACUACCACUAUGUAUCUCAGGGCAAGGUCACUGUCCCCUCCAUCGACGACGCCGAGGACAUGCAGUUCUGUGACGAUGCUUUUGACGUGCUGAAUUUCAGCAAACAAGAGAAGGAGGACGUAUACAAAAUCACAGCUACUGUCAUGCACUUCAGUAACUGCAAGUUCAAGCAGAGGGGUCGAGAGGAACAGGCCGAACCCGACGGUACUGCUGCUGGUGAGAUUAUCGGUAAGCUUCUGGGUGUUGACGGAGAGGAACUGUACAAGAACUUGUGCAAGCCCAAGAUCAAGGUCGGUGCUGAGUUCGUCGCUAAGGGUAUGAACGUCGAGCAGUGCUCUUACUCCGUGGGCGCCUUGUCAAAGGGUCUCUAUGAUCGUAUCUUCAAGUGGUUGGUCAAGAAGUGCAACGUCACCCUUGAGACUGGCCAGAAGCGUGCCAUGUUCAUCGGUGUACUCGAUAUUGCCGGUUUUGAGAUCUUCGACUACAACGGCUUCGAGCAGAUUUGCAUCAACUUCUGUAAUGAGAAACUGCAGCAGUUCUUCAACCAUCACAUGUUCGUACUGGAACAGGAGGAAUACAAGAAGGAAGGUAUCGACUGGACCUUUGUAGACUUCGGUAUGGAUCUCCAGGCCUGCAUUGAGCUCUUUGAAAAGAAACUGGGUCUCCUCGCCAUCCUUGAGGAAGAGUCUAUGUUCCCCAAGGCUACCGACAAGACCUUCCAGGAGAAGUUGAACGUCAACCACCUGGGCAAAUCCGCCGUCUUCAUCAAGCCCAAGCCACCAAAGCCCGGUCAGGUUGAGGGUCACUUCGCCAUCGUCCACUACGCUGGUACCGUCACUUACAACCUGUCUGGCUGGCUCGAGAAGAACAAGGAUCCCCUGAACGACACGGUGAUCGAUCAGUUCAAGAAGGGUGGCAACGCCCUGCUUGUCGAGAUCUUCUCUGACCAUCCCGGCCAGUCCGGUGAUGCUGGCGGUGGCAAGGAUGCUCGUGGUAAGAAGGGUGGCGGCUUCAAGACUGUAUCAUCCGCUUACAGGGAACAGCUCAACAAGCUGAUGGCCACCUUGAAUGCAACCCAGCCUCACUUCAUCCGUUGCAUUGUGCCAAACGAAACUAAAUCUCCUGGUGUCAUCGACGCCCCACUGAUCAUGCAUCAGCUGACUUGUAACGGUGUGCUUGAAGGUAUUCGUAUCUGCCGUAAGGGAUUCCCUAACAGGCUGCCAUAUCCUGAUUUCAAGCACCGCUACAAGAUCCUGGCCCCCAAGGAGAUGGAGGAGAUCGAAGACCCAAAGAAAGCCACCACAGUUUGUCUCGAAAAGGCUGGUCUGGAAGCUGAGCAGUUCCGCGUCGGUAACACAAAGGUCUUCUUCCGAGCUGGUGUCCUCGGUGCUCUUGAAGAAAUUCGUGACGACCGUCUGGCCAAAAUCUUGUCUUGGAUGCAGUCAUGGAUUCGAGGAUACGCAAGUCGCAAGGCUUACACUAGGCUCCAAGAGCAACGUGUGGCCCUGAUUGUCGUACAGCGCAACUUGAGGAAGUUCUUGCAAAUGCGCACCUGGCCAUGGUACCGCCUCUGGCAGAAGGUUAAGCCUCUUCUCAACGUCACCCGUGUUGAGGAUGAGAUGCGUGCCUUAGAGGAGAGGGCUCAGAAGGCUGAAGGCGAACUUGAGAAGGAGACCAAACUCCGCAAGGACCUGGAAACUGCCUUAGCCAACAUUACUGAGGAGAAGAAUAACCUCCAGUCCAUGCUUGAUUCCACCAAGGGUAACAUGAGCGAUUUCCUGGACAAGCAAGCCAAGCUCCAAAGUCAGAAGGCUGAUCUUGAAGCUCAGCUUAAUGAAAUAACUGAGAGAUUGGCACAAGAGGAGGAAUCCCGCAAUCAACUUUUCCAGGGUAAGAGGAAGACUGAUCAGGAAAUCAACAGCCUCAAGAAGGACAUUGAAGAUCUCGAACUUACUGUCCAAAAGGUCGAGCAGGAGAAAGCCACCAAGGAUCACCAGAUCAGAACUCUCAACGAAGAGAUCGCUCACCAGGAUGAACUUAUCAACAAGAUCAACAAGGAGAAGAAGCACUUGCAGGAAUGCAAUCAGAAGAGCAGCGAAGACAUCCAGAGCAUCGAGGACAAAUGCAAUCACCUCAACAAGGUCAAGGCUAAACUUGAACAGACACUCGACGAGCUCGAGGAUUCUUUGGAGCGUGAGAAGAAAAUGCGCGGCGAGAUCGAAAAGGGCAAGAGGAAGAUUGAAGGUGACCUCAAACUGACCCAGGAGGCCGUAGCUGAUCUCGAGAGGAACCAGAAAGAACUGGAGUCAACCAUCCAGCGAAAGGAAAAGGAGAUUGGCGCCAUGGCAUCCAAGCUCGAGGACGAACAAGGACUCGUUUCCAAGCUCCAGAGGCAAAUCAAGGAACAGCAGGCUCGCAUCGAGGAAGCCGAGGAAGAGAUUGAACACGAAAGGCAGGCACGUUCUAAGGCUGACAAGUCAAAGACUCAGUUGGGUCGCGAGCUGGAAGAACUCGGCGAGCGUCUGGACGAAGCUGGUGGCGCUACUGCCGCUCAGAUUGAGCUGAACAAGAAGCGCGAAGCUGAACUUGUCAAGCUGCGCCGUGACCUCGAAGAAAUCACCAUCCAGCAUGAGGCAGCACUUGCCAGUCUCAGGAAGAAGCACAAUGACGCUGUCUCUGAGAUGUCAGAACAGAUUGACCAUCUCAACAAAAUGAAGGCCAGGAUUGAGAAGGACAAGGAGUCUGCCAAGAGGGAAGCUGAUGAUGCUAAGGCUGCUAUGGAUAGCCUGGGCAGGGACAAGGCAGCAGCUGAAAAGACAAUCAAGCAGCAGCAGCACCAGAUGACCGAAGUUCAGUCUAAGCUGGAUGAAGCCAACCGCACCAUCAAUGACUUCGAUGCCACCAAGAAGAAACUGGCUGUUGAAAAUUCAGAUCUUCUCCGCCAACUGGAAGAAGCUGAGAACCAGAUUGCCCAGCUCUCCAAAAUCAAGUUGUCACUCUCCAACCAGCUUGAUGAUACCAGGAAAUUAGCUGAUGAUGAAUGCAGGGAACGUGCUACUCUCCUUGGAAAGUUCCGCAACCUGGAACACGACAUUGAUGGUCUUCGUGAACAACUGGAAGAAGAAACUGAAGGCAAGGCUGACCUUCAGCGCCAGCUUUCCAAGUCUAACGCUGAGGCUCAGAUGUGGAGGGCCAAGUAUGAAUCAGAGGGUAUUGCAAGGGUUGAAGAGCUCGAGGCUGCCAGACUGAAACUUUCCGCUCGUCUCGAGGAAGCUGAAUCACAGAUCGAAGCUCUUAAUGUGAAGAACAUGAACCUGGAGAAGACCAAGCAGCGCAUCAGCACAGAGCUCGAGGACAUGCAGAUCCAAGUUGAACGUGCACAAGCACUGGCCAACGCCGCCGAAAAGAAGCAGAAGAACUUCGACAGAAUCAUCGGCGAAUGGAAGAUGAAGGUUGACGACUUGGCUGCGGAACUCGAUGCCUCCCAGAAGGAGUGCCGCAACUACUCCACUGAGCUCUUCAGAGUGAAGGCUGCCUACGAGGAGAACUUGGAUCAGCUCGACACUGUUCGCCGCGAGAACAAGAACCUCGCCGAUGAGAUCAAGGAUCUCAUGGACCAGAUCGGCGAGGGUGGACGCUCACUGCACGAGCUCCAGAAGAACUCCAAGCGUCUCGAAAUUGAGAAGGAGGAGCUCCAGGCCGCUCUUGAGGAGGCUGAAGCUGCCCUUGAGCAAGAAGAGAACAAGGUCCUGAGAAGCCAGCUUGAGCUGAGCCAGGUCAGGCAGGAGAUUGACAGACGUAUUCAGGAGAAAGAGGAAGAAUUCGAGAAUACACGCAAGUGCCAUCAGCGCGCCCUCGACUCACUCCAAGCCUCGCUGGAAGUGGAGGCCAAGGGCAAAGCCGAGGCUCUCCGGCUGAAGAAGAAACUGGAAUCCGACAUCAACGAACUCGAGAUCGCACUUGACCACUCCAAUAAGGCCAACUCCGACCUCCAGAAGCACAUCAAGAAGCUGCAGGGCGAAGUGAGGGACCAGCAGGCCCGCAUCGAGGAUGAGCAGCGCAUCUCCUCCGAGUGCCGCGAGCAGUGCGCUAUCGCCGAGCGUCGCGCCAACGCCCUCAACGGCGAGCUGGAAGAGGCUCGCACGCUUCUCGAACAGUCCGACCGCGGCCGCCGCCAGGCUGAGACCGAGCUGGCCGAUGCUAACGACCAGAUCAACAACCUCACCGCCCAGAAUGGCUCACUCACCAUGUCCAAGAGGAAGCUGGAGGGAGAGAUGCAAACCUUGCAUGCUGAUCUUGAGGAGAUGCUGAACGAGGCCAAGAACUCCGAGGAGAAGGCCAAGAAGGCCAUGGUCGACGCCGCCCGCCUCGCCGACGAGCUCCGCGCCGAGCAGGAACACGCCCAGAACCAGGAGAAGAUGCGCAAGGGCUUGGAAGUCACCGUCAAGGAACUCCAGGUCCGCCUGGAGGAAGUCGAGGGCAACGCCCUGAAGGCCACCAAGAAGGCUCUGAGCAAACUGGAAGGCCGAGUCAAGGAGCUGGAAUCCCAGCUGGAUGACGAAUCCCGUCGCCACUCCGACGCCCAGAAGAACCUGAGGAAGUGCGAGAGGCGCAUCAAGGAGCUGACCUUCCAGUCCGACGAGGACAAGAAGAACCACGAGAGGAUGCAGGACCUCGUCGACACCCUCCAGCAGAAGAUCAAGACCUACAAGCGCCAGAUCGAGGAGGCCGAGGAAAUCGCCGCUCUGAACUUGGCCAAAUUCCGCAAGGCGCAGCAGGAGUUGGAAGAGGCCGAGGGAAGGGCUUAAGAUGGGGGCGACUUUCGAAGAGAUUCUCACGUAGGGGAUGAAGAAAAAGAAAAAAAAAAGAGCCUUCCUUGAUGUUUCGAAUGCCUCAUUUGCUGUUCAACUCACACACACACUCUUCCAUCAGUAUAUCGGUUAGGAAAGAAACAGAAAGAAAUACACCUCUAGUAGAAGACAGCAAACCCCUACUAGUCAUCAUAACAACUUGUUGACAGAAACUUAGAAUUUGUAACUUGGAUUACUAUACUUCAAGGAACGCAACAGAGAUCUUCAUAUACGUUGUUAUUAAGCAGCUUCGUAUGCGAAAUGAAUCCGUAGGAUGCUGCGCUGCUUACAAAUAUUUGUUAUUUAUACGCAAAACAGGAAGGAUAAUAAAAUAGAAAUUAACAUAUAUCUUUGCAUAAUAAAGCAAAAAAAAAACAA